AUGGUGAUUGCUGGAGACCCGUGGCCAUCGCCAAAGCCCGCUGCCGCUGCGUCAUCGGCGCGCGAAAGGUCACCGCCGGUGUCUGCCUCGGGGAUUGCCAUAAUGAAGCCGCCGGUCCCCCCUGCCCCGAAGCCAGCGCCCCCGCUCGCUGGAGUCUCUGCGCCUCCGACUCCGGACCUCGAGACGUGUGGGGCUCCAACGUCUCCCCUGCCCACCCCGUCGGCCCUUGUUGCUGAGCCGGGCCAUCCUGCUCCUGUCGCAGGACCCGCACCAGAUGCCCCUGGUCCACUGGUUGUCCCUGUGAUUCCUGCGGCGCCGCUUGCCGCUGCCGAUCCUGGUGUUGCGCCGCCCGUGCCUGAGCUCCCUGCGGCACUGCCCGCCGUUGUUGUCCCUGUUGCGACCGACGCGGCUGUUGGUUCGUCGCCGAUGGCGGUGUCCGCCACCACUGGCGGCCAGGGCCCGAAUGUGGCGCCAGCGGGGGCCGUCCAGCCGACGCUUGUUGCUGCAUCUGCGGGUCAUCAGCAGGGCCAACGCUCCUCUCGCCCGCAUUCUCCUGCGCCCCGUGAGGAGCGGGAGUCGUCACGACGCCGCCGUGAUUCCCCCCGGCGUAACCGCUCACAGGCGUACUGGCAUGCACAACAUGGCGGUCAUGGGGGAUGGGCGGGAGGUCGCGGUUACGGCGGCGGCUCGGCGUAUGUUCAGACGAUCUCACUGGCGGAUGUGCAGCGUCUUGUCUCAGCGGGGAUACGCGAGGAGAGGGCGGUGCAGCGCCGUGCUCCUGCUCCAGCCGCCCCUCCUCCGGCCGUUCCUCCCGUGGCUGCGGCUCCGCCCCGUCAGGCUGUUGCUCCCGUUCCUCUUGCUCCUGCUCCGGCUCCCUCCGUCCAUGCCGCGUCUGCUGCCGCACGAGAUCGUCGCUUGCGGCUACCAAGGGUUCCCCCGGUGGCGGGACUGGAAUUUGUGACUGCGGCAGGGGGAGCGGUGACGGCACAGUACCCGCCUCUGCUGCCUGCUGAUCCAGCACCCCCAUCUGCUCUUGAUGCACCGAUACUCCCGACCUUGCCUGGGCCCCCUCGCAUGGCUGAGGUCCUGGAAGCGAGCCUGGCGCAGUUGUGGCGGCUCUGUGAGGCUCUUCGCGUCGUUCACCUGAUCCAGGUGUACGGUCAUGCUGCUCUGUUCCAAGGGAAUUCCCUGGACGGAGGCCCUCGGGACGAGUGCCUCGAUGCGGCGGAUCGGCAGGAUUUGCGACGGUCAUCCUGGCGCGACACCAGGAUCCUACCAAAGAAUAAUCUAGAGCUCCAGCUUGGUACGGCUGUCCGUGGGUUGAAGCGGGUCCUGCGCGCAGGUACUGGAGACGAAGUGAUCGGCGCAAGCGCGGCUGUGGUGCGGGAGCUUCACCGCUCUCAGACUGGGCUCCUUGCAGUUCAUGACGCGGAUCAAUUCUAG